AUGAAGAACUGUGCGAUUCCCUUCCUUCUCCUCGCCGUCGUUUGGACCGUCGCACCGAUCACCCACGCGUCGCGCGUUUUAAAGGCCGCAACGCCAGAAUCGUGGGAUUCGCCGCCGGCGGUGGUGGUGGGGGUCAAUUUCCUCCCGGCUCGUCCGCGAAGAGAGCUCCCGACAACGAACACGGCAGUCGGAGGAUCCUUCGGCGAUAUUAGCGAAAAUCCCAGCAGUACUGGAAACGCCCCGGCGACAAGUCGCACGCGACGAGUUCUAGCGAGCGACUACUUUUACGAUGAAGAAGAUAGCGGCGACAGCGGCGGAUCGUACGGCCAAGACUACUCGGGCGGCGCGUGGGAGCCUCCCAGGCCUCAAGCGGGCUAUGUCGGCUCGACUGAUACGGGCGGAAGCACGGAAGAGGAGGGGGGGGAUGGCGGCGAGGACAGCGGGGGAGACUCGACCUGGGUAGACGAGCCAAUAACAAGCGAUUUCAGUGACGGCGACGGCGGCGAGGAAAGCGGCGGCGAUGGCGGCGGGUUCUGGGACGAACUGUGGAGCAAGUGGGGGUGGGAUUCGUCGGAAGAGCCGGAUACGAUCACUGGCGCGGACCCCGGGAUUGGCUGGAGCGACGACGGAAGCGGCGGCGGCGACAGCGGCGGCGACAGCGAGUGGACGGAUGACGGCAGUGGCGGAGGUGACGGGGGGUCGAGCGAUUGGUCAGACGGCGGGUCUAAUAACGACUGGUCGAACGGUGGAACGAGCGGCGGAAGCGGAUGGGGGAAUCCGUACCCUGGGUAUGGUUGGGUCGGCUCUACUGACACCGGCGGUAGCACGGAUGAGGGCGGCGAGGAGGCGCAAUACAGCAAAGCUCCCCAUCAGGGCUCCGCCUCCCCUCCCCCGUCCCGCGGUUCUCCCGACCGUCCACUCCCCACGCCCCCUGGCCAUCCAUCUAACGGUCCCCAACCUCCGAGGAGUCCUCGCCCACCAAACGGUUUGCCUCCUCCUGCAGCAGCUGAUAUUCCCGUGCCAAAGCCACCGCACGUGCCUGGUGGUCCCACUACCCCUCCUCCUUCUGGCGUUCCCGCUGUUCCAACACCGCCCCCUGAUGUUCCUCCUACCCCUGCUCCUCCCACUGAUGGAAACGUCGUUCGUGCUCCCUCUGACGGCUCUACUACCCCCAUUUUCCCCCCUGACGGCCCAACCACCCCCGUCCCCCCGCCUGACGGCUCUACCACCCUCAUUCCCCCGCCAGACGGCGCCACCACCCCUCCGCCCCCUCCUGAUAGUCCUCCUGACGGCGCAACCACCCCUGCCCCUCCCUCAACCUGCGUCAUGGACCAAGGGGCCGUGCAGGCAGCCCUCUCGUGGGCGUGUGGCGCCGGUGGCGCUGACUGCUCCGCUAUCCAGCCCGGCGGCGCGUGCUACGAGCCGAAUACACUCGCCGCGCACGCGUCUUACGCGUUUAAUCUGUAUUAUCAGCAGCGCGCACACGCGCCCGGGACCUGCUUCUUUGGAGGGACGGCUGUGGUGGUGCCGGCUCUGCCUGAUUACGCGCCUGAGACUGGAGGCUGCAAGUACGCUGAGGGGAAUGCUCAGUACUGUGUGGUAGGCUGCAAGUGA